GGGAGAGAGCGAGAAGAGGGAGAGAGAGUGAGCCUCAGCUCGCAGAAGUUUGACGCUCCCGACGAGUCCCGAACGUCGCAGCCAUGGAGCUUCGGAGGGGAAUUGGAUCUUUAUUCGUCGCCGUCCACCUAUGGAUGAGUUUCUGCUGCCAAGGCUGUCAUGGCGGUCAGUACCAGAGGAAGCUCUUCCGUGAUCUGAUGGUGGACUACAAUCGGCUGGAGAGACCGGUUCACAAUGACUCAGCGCCUAUUGUGGUGGAACUGGGCCUCACUCUGCUGCAGAUCAUCGAUGUGGAUGAAAAGAACCAAGUGUUGAUCACCAACGCUUGGCUGCAGCUGUACUGGACUGACAUCUAUCUGUCAUGGAACCCUGAAAACUACCCUGGAGUGCAGAAUCUGCGCUUCCCGUCCAACCAGGUGUGGGUCCCAGAUAUUCUCCUCUACAACAGCGCUGACGAGAGGUUUGAUGCCACCUUUCACACGAACGUGCUGGUCAAUGCCACCGGAUCCUGUCAGUACAUCCCCCCAGGAAUCUUGAAGAGUACCUGCUAUAUCGACGUGCGGUGGUUCCCGUUCGACGUGCAGAAGUGCGACUUGAAGUUCGGCUCUUGGACUCACAACGGCUGGUUGCUGGACCUCCAAAUGAUGGACGUGGACAUCUCCACUUAUAUACCCAACGGGGAAUGGGACCUUGUGGGUGUGCCCGCCAAGCGCAAUGAGCUGUACUACGACUGCUGCAAAGAGCCGUACCCUGACGUGACGUACACGGUCACCAUGCGCCGCCGGACGCUCUACUACGGCACAAACCUGCUCAUCCCCUGCGUGCUCAUCUCUGGACUAGCGCUUCUGGUCUUCUUGCUUCCUGCUGACUCAGGGGAAAAGAUUUCACUGGGCAUCACGGUGCUGCUGUCUCUCACCGUCUUCAUGCUGCUGGUGGCAGAGAUCAUGCCCGCCACCUCAGACUCCGUCCCUUUGAUCGCUCAGUAUUUUGCCAGCACCAUGAUGAUCGUGGGUUUGUCUGUGGUGGUGACCGUUCUGGUACUGCAGUUCCACCAUCAUGAUCCACAUGGAGGGAAGAUGCCGAAGUGGGUCCGAGUCUUCCUCCUCAACUGGUGCGCUUGGUUUCUCCGGAUGAAAAAACCUGGAGAAGACAGAAAGACAGCUGUGGCUCCCUGUGGCGUUCAGACCUUCAAAUACUCUCAGCAACAGACUCACCACUCCAGCACCAGCAGCAUUCCUAUGAGCACCAUUCCAAGCCAGACUUCCCCCCAGUCUACCACGACCAACGGGAACAUGAAGCUGUACUUUGGGUAUCAUUCCAUGGGAACAGACAAGGCUGCUUUUCCACCCAGCACAGACUCGGGAGUGGUGAUGUGUAGCGACCCGAAUGGCUCGACGACUGUGCACGACAUCCACUCGGAGCAGACUCGGACUUUGCUCCUGGAGCAGGUUCCUGAGAUCACCCGGAUCCUGGAGGAAGUGCAGUACAUUGCCAGCCGGUUUCGGGAGCAGGAUGAGUGCGAGUCCAUCUGCAGUGAGUGGAAGUUUGCGGCGGCAGUAGUGGAUCGGUUAUGCCUGGUGGCCUUCUCGCUCUUCUCCAUCAUCUGCACUGUCACCAUCCUCAUGUCGGCACCCAACUUCAUCGAGGCUGUUUCCAAGGACUUCACAUGAGUCGGUAUGGUGACUGGACUUGGACAGUGCCACAUAAGCCUCCCUGACAACACUACCUGAACACCCACAUGUACUGUACUUGUGUUUUGUUUAUUGUGGCAGCUACAUCCAGUGGUCAACAAUGUAAAAAUUCCAAGAUACUUUUCUUCUUCAUCUCUGCCUCACUUAUCUCCAGCACUCUCAAGAUCUGUUUCUUUUACUGAGGCUCAUCUCUGUACAGUCACGUGUUUUCAAAGAACUGUUGCACCAAAUGUAAAUAGAGCAAAUCUUUUCAAUGUAAAAAUACUGUAUAUUGUGCUGUGUUCGUAGAAGUAACAAAAGCCCCCUCUGAGUCAGGGCCAAACUGAGGAAACCAAACACUUGCAGGCCACCAUUAGUCCUUACCGCCGCUGGUUCCAGUAGUCGUCGAGGAGUAGAAAGGCAUCUCAACCUUCAAGAUGGUGCUCAACUCACAUUAUGUUGGUCCAGGUUUUUAUGUUGUAGCAGAACAUGGAAGAAACACAUGUUGAAACAGAGACUUGAGUGACUAGAUGCUUGUUUCUGAAUGACUAGCAAUGAUUUCAGAUCAAAAAGUAUGCUGUCAUGACAAGCACAUGUGUGAGGAACUUGUGGAGUUAGCUUGACAGUGCAGCGACGAAUGGCAGAGCAGAAGCUGCAGUCAACCAGUUUCUACCGUUUAUGGACAGUCUAACCCAGAGUGUCACAGCAUACUCCACAUCAGACCCUGAGUACAGAAUUACGUGACGUGAACAUGAAGGAAUCCUUGUAAAGCUGGUUUUGCCUCCCAGUCAUCAUUUUGAAAGCAUCAGUGCCCAUGAAAUCCUCAUUUGAAGCAGAAAGAAAUAUGAUCAAGGGCUGCUGUAACCUGUGUUUUACUGACUCAAGGGCACAGCUUCUGCCAACCCAGGAGACCCAACUCUGGACAUGUAAGGGAUUGCAUCACGUAGACUUCUGCCCCGAGUACUGUGGAAUGACUCACUAACACAUAUGACAGUGUCGUAAAAAGGUUCACUAAUCCUCCUAUUAUUGCUACAUUGGGUCCUAUUCUGGGCUGUUAAGAGUAGUGAUGGGCAGAUGAAGCUUCAUGAAGCAGUAUUCUCAUUUUUGAAGCCCACUCAAUGGUUCUCUGCUCCACUGUCUUCGGACAACCAUUGAACUGAAACCUUGUAUGAUUUUUAAAGCAAGGGCACCAACUUCUGUGCUCCAAAAAUGCUUCAGGAAGUUUCAGCCGCUCACAUUUCCUUCAUGAUGCAUUGCUUAUCAUAUCCUGUCUGCUGGGGAGAAGGUGUUGGACAGACGGGGUUUGGCGGGGAUUUACACGCUUUACUGUAUUUACUGGUGUUCCUCGUGCUCAGGGAACAUAGGUUGUUUAGCAAAUAAAGUCCACGUAUACUGCCAUGUCACUUUAAAGACUCCUUUGUCUCAAACAUAUUAUACAUCGCGAUAUACAGUGUUGCUGCUGCUGUAGCAAAGGAUUCAUCAUAAAAGUGUUGAACCACAGCUCACAAAAUCACGGCCCUCAUUUUCAAAGCUCAGCAGGUCUGAAAACUGAGACUUAAAAUCGAUGUGCAACGAAGAGUAUGCCAUCUAGUGGGCUCUGAAAAUGAGGACACUGUUUCGCAAAGCUUCGAAGAGAUGAAAAAAGAUGCAUGAACUGUGGCAGUCUUCGUAUUGUUCCCUUGUCCGGUAAAACUAAGUGACCGUACAGAAAAAAAAGGAUGGAGUUAUUAUUAAAAGCAGCGAUGUCACUCCAGGGGAAUUUUCUUUUAAUCUUCCGUGCUGAUAGCAUUUGUGAUUCUACCCUGUAAUGCUCGGCGAAAGGCAAACACUGGUUAAUCUUUCGCAAACAACGUGCAGCAGGAUUAAAGAGUGACCUUAUGAAAUGGAUUUGUGUGCGUCUUUGUCUCUCCUCACCGACAGGACGCGGCACCCAAACCUAAGUGUUGGGUUUCUCUCAGUCUUUUCACUUGGCCUUUUCUAGAGGGUGAACUCACAGGGAGCAGCAGGCAGUGAAUAGUGGACUCAAAUACAAAGUGUAAAUUGUAGUUCUUUUUCUUUCGGCUUCUCCCUUCAGGGGUGGCCACAGCAGAUCAUCUUCCUCCAUCUCACCCUGUCCUCUGCUUCCUCUUCUCUCAAACCUACAAACCUCAUGUCCUCCUUCACCACCUCCAUCAAUCUCCUCUUUGGCCUUCCUCUCCACCUUCUGCCUGGCAGUUCCAACCUCAACAUCUUCCUACCAAUGUACUGGCUCUCUCUCCUCUGUACAUGUCCAAACCAUCUCCACCGAGCCUCUCUGACUUGGUCUCCUAAACACCUGAGCACAUGUGCUGUCCCUCUGAUCCUAUCCAUCCUGCUCACUCCCAGAGAGAACCUCAGCAUCUUCAUCUCUGCUACCUCCAGCUCUGCCUCCUGUCUUUUCCUCAGUGCCACUGUUUUCAAACCAGACAACAUUGAUGGCCUCACCACCCUUUUGGACACCUUCCCUUUCAUCCUUUUGUCACGCAUCACACCUGACACUUUUCUCCAAUGAUUCCAUCCUGUCUGUCUUCGUAACCUCUUUGUCACACUCUCCAUAGUCUAAAGAAAACAUCGGGUACAGAUUUGUUCUUCAUUGUGAAACUCAGGUAGUUAUUAGACCUCACUUCAACCUCAAUGCCAGGUUGCAUACUGACUGCUGGGAGACUGGAACCAGCAACUUGUUUUUUCAGGUUUUUUUUUUUUUUGUUCUGCUGGUACUUGAUAAUGCCAUGGUGGUAAGAAAAAAAAACCUCACUAGUUUUCACUUUCCUACCAAGUGAUUUCCUGCAUUAAAGGGUAAAAAUGAUGCACCAAACCAAGUGUUUCAUGUCUUAUGUAACCAGGACUUGUCAUCUUUGCUUGUGCGGAGGCGAGUCGUCAUUGGAACAUGUCCACUGAGCUCUUCCUAGACAAGGAUUGAAAGACUGUAAAUGAUGUCAUGAGGCGUCAUGUUGAUGUCUAAUGUGCUUCAUCAACUUCCAACCGUGUCUGUCUUUUUGUCCAGGACUUGUACAUACAGGCUCACUGUUGGUGAAUAUGCAGAGAAAUGAAAGGCUGUUCCGCGAAAGAGCUUGAAUUAAAAUGCACCUGGAAGUGUC